AUGAAGGGCGGCCGUGUCGGCUUCGUGCGUGCGAGCUCGUUGUCAUGCACUGGCAGCGCCGCGGCAACACCGCGCGAAGGAUCGGGGGCAUCGUCAAGGACGGCAACACACGCCGACUGUAAUACUUCUUCCACUACUGCUUCUUCAGCCGCUGCCGCUUCGACUGCUGCUGCGAGGAACGGAGGAGCAGCGGGAUCUACGCCGCCAAAGACAAUGUCGUCAUGGGGCAGCCUUGGGCGCGGAGCCGGGGGGGGUGGACGGCAGCAGCGAUUCCCGCUUGCGAGCAAUGGGCGGCCCCCAAGGGGCAGCACCAAGGCAAUCGCCCUGCCGCUCCAGGUCGUGGGCCGCCAGUUCCGCCAAAACCAGAGCGACGACGGUUGGUCUUCGCCACAGAAGUCGAGCGCAGCAACAGCGGCAAGCUCCCCGUCACCUCACGGAGAACAGCCGGCCGCUCCUGCAGCGUGCACGAACGAUGACAUUGGCAGUAACACGGUCUUGGAGCUCGAGCGCGAGCCCUACAACAGCCACGACCGCAACGCGAUCAAGGUGCUACUUCCUGCGAAACCGCAGACCCCGCCACCGCCGCUGCUUCUGGGUUCCCAGCCCUCCGCCCCGUCCCGCUUCCUCGGGUAUAUCCCAGGCAGAAUCGCCAUGCUGCUGGCGCCGGUGCUGGACGCCUCGCCCGACUCUGUCGCACGGGUGACCCUCAAGACCGUCGAAGAGGAGGGGGGAGAAGCGGGUGGAGGAACACGAAAUACCUUGCCGGCUCUGCUGAAAGUGCACCCUCUGGAUGGUGCUGGCCGGGAGCCGUUUUCCAGCCUGAUGGAGAAGUUGCGGGAUGCCGCGAAAAAAGAGGACAAGCGUCAGCAGAAGAGGCGCAACGAGGCGAAGGCGAACAAGGACCGCCUGCGAUCGAAACAGAAGACGCUCCUUCUCGACUUCGGCAGGUCUUCCGGCGCUACCACCUCCAAAAGCGGUGGCUCGUCUUCCACAUCCACGUCCGGCUCUGCACGAGGGGGAACGAUGUUGGAUAGCAUGCCCUGGGAGGUUCUGUGGCAGGUUUUCUGCAGCCCAGGAAUAUCGUCACGCGAGCUUUUCGGCCUCAUCCGCGGAGUCUGCGGCAACUGGAUGCGUGCGGUCGAUGCCAUGCCUUGCGCCGCGGCGCGCCGAGAGGUCGCCAAGGUCUGCGCCGGGGAGCCAACCGAAGCGGGGGACGCGUCGCCUUCGGGUAGAAAGGCCCGCAGUCCUUGUGGUGGUGGAAAGCGGGAAAGCGGGGGUAAGGCAGGAGGAUGCUGGUGGGAUACGGUGCGUGCGCGACUGGUACGGGGCGGAGGUUUCACGGAGUGUACGGCCACCGAUGUAUUGGCGAGGCUUGAGUGGGCAGCCGAGCAGGAGGAGGGCGACGGGGAUGGCGAUGGAGGCGUCACCGACGAGGGGGGCACCGCAGUAUCGGCGAUGGCAACGGGUGAUAGCGAAGUCGGCGGCGGAGGGCAAGCGGGGCAGGGCAACGUGGGUGGCGCCGGCAAGAGACGGCGACGGAUGAGCCGACACCUCGACGCGGUGAAGGUUCUCUGUGAAGAGUGGGGUCUACUCGGUGCAGCAGGUGCAUGCGCUGCUGCUUCUUCCGGUGGCGGUGCAAGCAGCGGCAGUGGUCAUGGCGGCGGGGUUGGGAGCUGGAGCGGGUGGGAGGCCUUCGGUCUAGCCAUUGCGACGUCGGCUUCGCAGGACCGGCUGUCACUCUGCUGCUGCGCAGUCAGGCCUCUCAUGGGCGAGGACACCGCCGACAGCAGCAGCGGUGGUGUCGACGGCAGCGGCGGGGUACGGGGGCGACAGCGACAGGCGCCCUCGUUCCCGGGCCUCCCGAGAGGCGAGGUGAUUGAGUUUCUGUGCCUGAUGCUAUGCGCGUUGCGGUCUUUGGAAGGCGGCGGCGGCGGCGGCGGCGGCGGCGGCGGCGGUGGAGACGAGCCCAUGGCGCAAGCAGAUGGGUCGACGAGGUUGAAGGCUGACCUGUUGGUGUGCGCGCGGGUGCUCGAGAACUGGGAUGUCAGCGGGAUCAUCUCGAACCUCACGGCGGAGCAGCGAAGCAUCGUGCUCGCAGACGUGAAGCCGGGGGGGGUUCUAACGGUCUUGGCGUUCGCGGGGACGGGAAAGACUACGUGCCUCAGGGCAUACGCGCAGGCGCGACCCCAUCUCAAGAUUCUUUAUCUCACGUUCAACGUCAGCGUUCGUGAGGAGGCCGAGAAGACUUUCCCCCCCCACGUGGCGUGCAAGGGCGUUCACCAGCUCGCGUUUCGGUUCGUGGGCCGACGGUUUCAGUCCAAGCUCAAGCCGGACCUGAGGGAGUCGGACGUGCAGGCGUUUCUGAAGGACAGACUGGGGAAGGACAAGAAGAUCAACCUCGCCACCGCGGCGCGGGUCCUGGCCACCCUGAAUGCCUUCUUUUCGUCGGACUCCUCCGCCCUGUCAUCGUCCCAUGUCAUCGCCCCGCCGCCUGAGGUGCUGUUCCAGCAGCAGCAGCAGCAACAGCAGCAACGACGUCAACAACAGCGACAAGAGCAGCUUGACCAUGGUCCCGGCGGCGUCGACGAAAGCGAUGGGGAGGACAGCGGAAGCGACGAUGAUAGUGACGAUGAUGUUGGUGAAAGUGACCUCUCCCGCCAGUCGCCCCAACCAGCAGCAGCAGCACCGUCUUCGUCGUCGCCGCAGGCUACUGCUUGCGCCCAGGGAGGAGCUUCGACGCAGCGCCCCCCCCCCGGGACCGCAAGAAAACGUCGUCGGCGAGCGCCCUCUCCCGUGAAGGACGCCACCGUGCUGGAGUGGGCGGCGAUGGCUUGGACCGAGAUGCAAUCCACGGGACCCCCUGGAGGGGCUGGGUGGGGUGGGGGCGACGGAGGAGGAGCGGCAGCAGCGUCGCUCGGAAUGACCCACGCGGGCUACCUGAAGCUGUUCCAGCUGUCGCGGCCGUGCCUGGGCCGGACGUACGACGUCAUCAUGCUGGACGAGGCGCAGGACUCGAACCCCUGCAUCGCAAGCAUCGUGCUGAGAGAGACGCGCUGCGCCAGAAUUUUGGUGGGGGACAGCCAUCAGGCUAUCUACGGUUUCAUCGGAGCGGAGGACCACCUAAAGCGAGUGGAAGGAGGGAAAAUUCGACACCUUACUCAGGUGUUCCGGUUUGGUCAAUCGAUCGCUCACGUGGCCAACAGUCUCGUGGGUCCUCUGAAGGGAGAGACGAGGCCCUUGCUUGGCUGCGCCGGGAAGCAGGGCAAGGUGGUGCUUUCAGGCGGGACGGGGCUGGAAGUGUGGCAGGACCAGGAACGCACGGUGAAGCGGCCGAUCGCGUUCCUCGCAAGAACGGUGUCUACCCUUGUUCACGCCGCGAUGUGGGCCAGGUCCCGAGGUGAAAAGGUUGCCUGGGUGGGCGGUGCGCAGACCUACAGCCUGGAGGCGAUCGAAGACAUGUGCCUUAUGGCCAUGGGAAGGUCGGAGGAAGUGAAGCACGUCUUGCUCAAGAAGCUCAAGACCAUCAAGAAGCUUGUUCGCUUUAUCCAAGAGUCUCGAGACCGGCAGUGGGCCAACCGGCUGCGGAUGCUGGACGGAAAAGACCCUCAAGCGUUGCUGUCAGAGCUCCGAGAGAUCCAGCGCCAGCAGGUUCAUCCCCGCGAGGCUGAUACUCUGUUGAGCACCGUCCACAAGGCCAAGGGCUUGGAAUUCGACACGGUGGUGUUGGCUGACGACUUCAUCGAGGUGGACGAUAUCCGCUGGACUACCGAGCCUUGUCCGCAGCCGGUGUGGGACUCGGAGGCGGAGAAGGAAGAGGUGAAUAUCCUUUACGUUGCUGUCACCCGGGCGAAACGCCACCUCGUCGUGAACUCCUCCCUGCGCGCCUUCCUCCUCGCCACCGGAGCCUGGAACAGCGUCUCCUUGCGAGGCGUCGCCGGUCGCCGCACCCCCGGGGACGGCUCUUCAUCAUCUCCUCCCGUGGACGAAGCUCGCAGCAGCAGCAGUCACUGCAACCUCUGCGGGAGGCACGCCGAUGCUUGCGGCGGAGGAAACCGCGUAGAUCUUCUUUCGAGAGCUCAAGCGACUGAUGCACAUCAACAGGCAACAAGCGGGAGAGCAUUUGCCAGCACCUUGAUCACCGCAAAUCAACGGGCGGGAGGGGGAAGGCUAUUGUACGCGGAAUCAGGGUCCCUGCGGCCGCUGUGCUGCUGCUGCGUGGAGGGUGUAGGUGGCGGCAGAGCGUCUGCCACCUUCGCCGCCGGCGCCGCUGAAGCAAAACCUGGCAAUGUUGCCGCUGUUGGGACCGAGGACGAUAACGCCGGUGCCUUCUAUCCCCAUUCGCAACUUUCGAGGUUUCCGUAUAUAAAGGCUCUCGUGCGAGCGCGGUGAACUGGUGGGGUUAUUCGCCGGCGAGCAGGACGCGUGCAAGAACGAGAAACACCAUGGUUGUCGGCUCUACGGCCUAAACGGCCGGGUCUGUCUGGAACAUCGAUCGAUUGGUUCGAUUCAAACGCUUUCCGUGUCUUCGAGAUGCUCGCUGUAUCUUAUCUUGUUGAGGCGUCCGCUGGGACCGCGAGCUAUGUGCAUUUUCAGGUGCGUUCGAACAAAAAAGGGCCUAGUUUGAUCAGCUUCUAGCCCGACUUGAGUCCGUUUUUUCAUUUUUCGUGAAUUUCUUUCAUGCGCGCGUGCAGAGAUGCCUCUAUGGCCGCAUUUUGCACACGUGGGGUGGUCCUUGGCAACCUGACUAAGAGCCUGCACGAGAUCGCGUUUGUUGUGUAGCCCGCGGUUCUAUUGGCACAGGUCGAAGUCUUGACAGAGCUUUUCUGAUCCAACGUACCGUCUCCGGACGUUCGGGCGAGGGUACCGCAGGGUUGCUGGCUGCAUACAUGAAUCAAUGAGGAGUGUUGACUG